UCGCAACAGAAAUUGCAGUUUUGCCAUUGCACAAUCUACGAAAGAAGCCUGUAAUUCACUUUAAAGGUCCAACGCAGUGACAAUUGAAUGACUAGCUUAAAAUUGACAAAUACAGAGUCCCUUUGCUUCCUCUGAAGCAGUGUCAUCUUGUUUGUGAUAAACGUCGAGAAAGAAAGAUGGAGCAAAUCCAUAGAAAGACGCUUCAGAAACUACGCCCAGAUCUCAAAAGAAGCUUAGAGGUGGAGAAUCUGUGGGAUGAACUGGUUGCCAGGGGCGUUUUCUCAGAGGACAUGGCCGAGGAAUACAGGUCACAUCAGUCUCUGGGUAAACAACGAGAUGAACUGCUUCAGAACCUUCCCAAAAGAGGGCCUCGGGCAUAUGAGCUAUUCUUAGAAUGCUUGGCUGAGACAGACCAAGGACAUAUCAGGCAAAUGAUACUGAACCAGGAGGCGAUACUGAGGGGUAAAGCUCUGCCACCUGCACCAAACGAUCAAGAUGUGACAGAUUUCACUCCAACAAGUGGCGUCCUGGAUCUGAAUGUCUCAAGAACGUCUGAUGAUUUUAUACAGAAUUUCAACAAAGACAUCCCACAUUAUCGUAUGUCUUCCCAUCCGAGGGGUUACGCCCUCUUGAUCAACAACAGGAAGUUUGGCUACAUGAGUGAGAGGGUGGGGACCGAGAUUGAUGGGACAAACCUGGAGAACCUUCUCAAACAACUUGGCUACCAAGUGGAGCAGAAGAGAGAACUGACAGCUCAGGAAAUCAGAACAGCUGUGAGGCAGUUUGCGGUGAAACCGCAGCUGAAUCAGGUCGACUCAUGCGUGUUUGCAAUCAUGACCCACGGUGAGAACGGAGAGGUUUAUGGCGUAGACGACGAACUUGUCCCCCUCGAUAGCCUCGUGCAGCUCUUUGAAGGAGAACACUGCCCCGCUCUAGUCAAUAAACCAAAGAUGUUCAUCAUCCAGGCCUGUAGAGGAAAGAAGAAAGAUGCUGGUUUUGCUGGCUUUGACGCCACGGAUUCUGUACCACCUGUGGACAUGGAGAAAACCAUCAGUGACUUCCAGCGGAUGAGUAUAGAUGAUGUGGCCGUACUAAAACAGAAACUACCAACAUUGACUGAUACUCUUAUUGCUUACUCGACUAUCCCAGGUUAUGUGUCAUGGCGGAACACGACGACCGGCAGUUGGUUCAUCCAGUCUAUAUGUGAGAUCUUCGCUGAACAUGCUCACCACCAGGAUGCGCUUAGUCUCCUGACAAUGGUGAAUGAUAAGAUGUCACGAGCAUUCGGAACGCAGUAUAAGCAAACUCCGGCCCCCGUUUUCACGUUUCGAAAGAAACUCUUCUUCUUUCCCGGAUUGUGAUUGCCAGGUUGCGGACAUCUAGGAAGCUUUCAUGUGAUAUACGGCCACUGCAGCUGGGUGGGGCAGAGGUGACAUCUAGGAAGCUUUCAUGUGAUAUACGGCCACUGCAGCUGGGUGGGGCAGAGGUGAUCAGCUCUGCUCUUUCUUCAUUACUGUGGAAAGGAACGACAGCUGUUUUGAAAACUCUCAAUUGUUCUUUCAUGACAAGCGUAGGAAAAUGACCUGGGUAGAUAUGUCAUCCAGCCAUGAACAGAGAUGGGGGUCGGCAACUUUCACACACAUAUGACCAGAUCUUCAGAUCCGACCACCCUCGAGGUCAUCAGGUGACCACUGUCAGCCAUAGCACUUGAUGAUAUUCAGAUAAAUAUCUACUUUAGGAAAUUUUGCUCUGCUUGUGAAGAAAGAACUUUUGAAAGUAAUUCUAAACCAAGGUGGUGAACCUCUUGGUUUGACCUUUGUCUUGCUGUUUAUGCAUUCGACCGAUGACAAAGCUAUGUGGAGCUUUUAUCAAGAAGAUUAUCAACUUCCACCAGCAUCUUGUGGACGACAAAGAGACUUCCUCUCAGACUGUGGAUGCAGCAAGGAUUGUGUUCAGGAAACAAGGCGCACAAUCGAUGGUAACCCAGGGCUGCUUUUAUAAGAUUGUCUGACCAGAACUUUGUCAGAAUUUCAGAACUGUUGCCUUCUUUACGAGAGGUCUAUCCACUGAUUCCAAAUGUGCUCUAACUUUUUAUGCUUCAAUCAAAAACUCAACAAAAUCAUAUGUGCUCUUGAUAAUCAUUUUGUUUUAUUAAAGGAGGAGGCGUGGAUUACUGACACCCAUCACUAAUGUAGGGUCACAGUAUUCUUUUAAACAAGAAAAUGUACCAAACAUUUUACAAGCAAUUUGUCUAGGCACGGCGGCUAAAUGCUGAUGAAUCAAAGGUGUGGUUCGGCAACUGUCAGAUGACUGCCCGCACGUCAUGGCCACAUGUGCACCCACAGCUAAAAUGGCCCAAAAACUGUGUCUUUCUUGAAAACUAGCUGAUCAGUAUAACAAAGAUAACCACAUUGUCAUAUCAUCCUCCAGAAGUACUAACUUCAAGUAGUGAUACGAUCAAAGUCUUGAGUCCAUAGUCUCUCUCACCAUAAACCCUUGACCAAUCCUUGACCAAUGAAUCCUUGGUCUGCAUUCACACAUAAUCUGGUUCAAGACUACUCCUCCUUAAUGGAUUCAAGCUUUUCCUGGUCACCAAAUUUAAUCGUCUUCACCUGAAAUCAAGUGGUACUUUCCAUUAAAUUUCAACUCUGUAAUCAGGACAUCUCACAAUAAAAGACAUCAUUUGGCAGCAUCAAACUUGCCUAAUUGUAAA